CCUCCCAGAGCUAGGAUUACAGGCGUGAGCCACCGCGCCCAGCCAGUCUUAUUCUUAAGAGAUGCCCAUUUUGGUAUUUAGGGAGAUGUGACGUGACAGCUGUAAGUUACUUUCAAAUGAUUCAGCCAAAAUAAGUGUAUAUAGAGAGCAUUUCAGAGAAUAGGACAAAAUAUUAGCAGUUGUUGAAUCCAGGUGGAUAAGUGGUUUUUACUAUUCUUUCAAUUUUUCUCUGCAUUGAAAGUUAUUCUUAAUAAAAAGUUGGGGGGAAAAAAAGUGGUAGGAAGCAGGGUGAACUCUGCAGAGGUCAACUGCACUGCACCAGAGGGGCCAGAAGGCCAGCCAGGCCUGAGCUGCUGCAGCAGUGGUGGUUUGAUACCUGGCAUUCCAGAGGAAUGGUCAAAAACCAUUACCUCAGAAAUGGCAGGAAGAAGCCUGAGGGUUUUCUCUAGAAAAAGGCAUUCCCAUCGGCUGGCCUUCCAUCUGCGAGCUGGGACAGGGGACUCUGGGUUUAGUCCGUUGCUCCCAGGCCUCUUCUCAAGUUCCAGGUUUACAUAGGAGGCCUCAUGGACACCUGUCCAGUCAAUAGGACCUGAAACUUGGUUUGCUUUCCCCGUGGUUUGGGGUGUUACGGGGUUGGGUAAUCUGGUCAGUCCAUCACAGCUGGGGGUGAAUUAACCUGGCUUGGGUGGUGUAGUCAGAGAACAGCAGUUUUGUUCUUCUAUCUGGGAUUUGGAGGCGGUCAAGGUAGGUGUAGAAUGUCAGCACUAAAGCUGUGACUGUGUCUGCCCUCAAUGAUUCUCAUUACUCAUCUUGACCUGAGUUACAUUUUAAACUCCUACCACUUAUUGAGGGCAAUGAAUUCCGUAGGUUUAUUUCUUUGGUACAUAACGUAGUUCUUUUUUUUUUUUUUACUUAAAUUGACCUUGAGCAGUGCCUUUUAAUUUUACAGUUCAGGACCUGCCUUUUAACAGUGUCACAGAGUAACCAUUCCCAUCCUUUGGAGGUGUCACAGCUGUGUUAGUCCUUGUAAGAGAACUGUCUAGGGGAGCCAGCACCCUUUCCUGCGGUCAUCUUUAGUCCAUAUGCCCUCUGACCACCUCCUUUAGUGCUGACGCAUCCACAGCUGGACAGAACUCCCUCCUUAUCCACUUCCAAGACAACUGGAAUGCUGGUGGCUCUUGGCUGCCAUCAAACAGAGGGUCCUUAGGGCAGCAGGGACGUAUUUUUUCAGGGGUUAAUGACAUUUGAACAUGUGGCCAUGUGUUACACAAGAAGGAAUGGAUGUGUCUAGCUCUUCAUCAAAGAGAUCCGGACAAGGAUGUGAAUUAUGGGAACUUGAUGUGGCUGGGCAUCUGCAUUUUGGACCUCCUUUCUGGGCUGACUGAUCAAGGAGGAGGAAGUAGCAAUGUCUGCCGUGGGGGUUGCAGCGUCCUACCUGCAUCAUCUUGGUGACAGUCACAGUGGCCAAGUGAAUUUUCUGGGGGCCCAGCUCCCUCCAGUGGUGGCAGCAAUGGCACGGCUCCUGGAGGACCUGGACAGGAGCACGUUCAAAAAGCUGCUGAAGCUUGUGGUCAGCAGUCUGCAGGGGGAGGACUGCCGGGAGGCAGUACAGAGUCUUGGGGCCAGUGCCAACCUGCCAGAGGAGCGGCUGAGCACCCUGCUUGCGGGUAUGCACACUCUGCUCCAGCAAGCCCUCCGGCUGCCCCCUGCCAGCUUGAAGCCUGAAGCCUUCAAGGAUCAGCUCCAGGAGCUCUCUAUCCCCCAAGACCUGGUUGGGGAGUUGACCAGCGUGGUAUUUGGGAGCCAGCGGCCCCUCCUUGACUUUGUGGCCCAGCAGCAGGGGACCUGGCUGCCCCACAUGGCUGACUUUCGGUGGAGGGUAGAUGUGGCAAUCUCCACCAGCACCCUAGCUCGCUCCCUGCAGCCAAGUGUCCUCAUGCAGCUGAAGCUUUCAGAUGGGUCUGCACACCGCUUUGAAGUCCCCACAGCCAAGUUCCAGGAGCUACGGUACAGUGUGGCCCUGGUUCUGAAAGAGAUGGCGGAUCUGGAGAAGAGGUGUGAGCGCAAACUACAGGACUGAACCCUCACUUGGCCAGUCCCAUUCAGGUCAGCUGGGGAGGACAGGCUUGGACAGGUGCCUCAGAUGGUGCCAAAGUGCAGCUGGCUCUUCCCAGCACAGCCCUGCCCUUCCUAUGAGGCAGACUUCUCAGUCAGAGUGUUUGAAUGUAAUUAUGUAAUUUUCUGUUUAAUUGAAAAAGACAGCUGUGCCUUUCAUUUUUGGGAAGUAAAGCAAGUAUAAAAAACA